UCGUCCGGACACGGAUCCGGUGCCCCCAUGAAGGCAGGGCACGGAUGAACAGUACCGUGCCCUGCAGUUUCGGCCGUUGGAUCAAAAAUAGAGAGCCAAGAUUAAUCACUGUAGCUUGGUACUGUACACUACCCUGUAGCAGAUGCACUGUAGAUAAAACUGUAGCGAAUGUCCUGUAGCUAGCGCACUGUUUGUUGUCCUGUAGCAGAUGCACUGUUCAUAGUCAUCUGUCCAUUCAUUUUUGAUCCGACGGCUAAAAAAGGGGGGAGGGCACCGUACUGUUCAUCGGUGCCCUGCCUUAGUCAGGGCACCGGAUCUCAAUCCCUCUCGUCCACCCGUCCGGCCGUCCCAAUCUACUCCUGCACAUCUCAAAAAAAUUCCCCAGCCGCACCAUCUCCCCCAUGAAUUUAGAUCCGAGCGGCGAAAAGGCGAUUGAUUGGAUCCCCAUCGAGUGGAUCUUGAGGGCGGCGGAGGGAGAACGAGAUGCGUUUGUGGUGCGGACCGCAUGGCGCCCACCUUCCAAGGCGAAGGUCAGCGCCCAUGGCUUUGUUGCGGUUGUGCGGGGAGGAAUGAGCAGCGCGGAGGCGAAGUGCGGCAGCCAUGGAGGAUGUGGUGGUAGCCCGUGCUCACAAGGCGAGAGACGGCGGCCAUGGAGGAUGUGGUGGUCCGAGCCCGUGCUCACAAGUCAAGAGGCAACGGCCAUGGCAGCGGUGGUGCUGCGAGCCCGUGCUCAGAAGGCGAGAGGCGGCGGCAAUGGAGACGGUGGGGGUAGCGGUUGCCGUGGUGGCGUAGGGUGGCACAGAUUCCGGCUUCCUCCUCGUCGACCUCUGUCGCCGCCGCUUCCAUCCCCAACCUCCGUUCAUGCUUGCCGUCGGCGUCCCCGUCACGCUGGACGCAGCGUUCGACGUCUGGACGUCUGGACGACCUUUGGCUCCUCGUCCCGCGGCAAAGACGAGAACCACGCUCUGAUCUAAAGCGACUGGAGGAAGCAAAAAGCCAUCCUUCUUGGGCGAAGGUUUCGAGUCUCCUCUUGGCGUGUCAACUAUCGAUGGGGAGUGUGGACGGACACAAAGCCGCGCAAAAAAAAAAAAACCAAGUGAAAACAAAGCCGGAGAAACCUGUCGCUAUCACGUCUUGGUACCACUUUCUAUUUUUUGGGAGGGCACCGCGGUAGACAAACCGGUGCCUGGGCACCCUGUAGCAGCGUCCAAAUACUUUACCACAUUCCUCUAGCCCAACGGCCAUUCACAUGUGUCAAUAUCGCCAAGAUGGAAAAAAAAAAUCCCUCCGCAAAAGCACCAACCCCGCGAAGGCGAAGGCGAAGCGUGCCUGUCUGCCUCAUCAAUCCCCCCUCGCAAUGAGCCCGCCGCAAUUCGACCACGUCUCGCCGCCGGUGCUGGUCGACGACGCCAUGCGCGAGAUCUUCCUGCGCAUCCCGCCGGACGACCCCGCGACGCUCGUCCGCUCCUCCGCCGUCUGCACGGCCUGGCGCGGCAUCAUCUCCGACGCCGAUUUCGGCCGUGAGUACCGCGCGUUCCACAACACUUGGGAGACCUUGGCCUCCCACUUCACAUCCACAACCGCAUCCUUCCGCUCGCCUGUCUGCCAUGACCGCCAGGACUGGCACGCCCUCGACUCCCGGCACGGACUUGUCCUCUUCCGCACCCACCACGGCAGCGAAUAGAUCAUCGGGGAUUUCGCUGUAUGUGACCUCGUCUCCCACGACCGGUGGAGUGUUCCCGCUCCCCCCAGCCCGGAGUGGUCGGGCGUGGAGCACUACUGGAAUGCCGCAGUGCUCCGCGACUACACUGGCGAGGGCGCUUUUCUCGUGUCCUUGGUGGGCAAUAGCCCCUGGGUGAUCCUCGCCUCCGUCUACUCAUCCGAGGCUGGUGAAUGGAGCGACACCAUCUCCAUUGGGCGGUCGAUUAGGGUCUAUAUCGACCACUUCAGGCACAGUGCCGUCAUUGGAAAUAUGGUAUAUCUCCCAUGUGUGGAAAGACGAACAUGAUAGUGGCGUACGACAUGGGUGCGCAAGAACUAGCGGUCAUUCGCGCGCCAUUCUUUGACGAACCAGACAUUGUCCUCGCUGGGGCCGAUGACGGCAUGCUGCUGUUCGCGGCCGUGCGGGAGUCUGUACUCUCCCUCUGGUCAAUGGAGGCUGCUUGUCCUAACGCUAACGGUGCGGCGACAUGGGCACGUCGCAGGGUCAUCGAGCUCCAACCAUUGCUCCCUCUGUGUGCCUUCUUCCACGUUUUGGUGGUUGGUUUUGCCGAAGGUGCUGGUGUCAUCUUCCUGGGUACAGGGGCUGGGUUGUACACAGUUGAGCUCAGUUCAGGCCGAAGCAAAAAGGUAGGACAGAGAUUCUUCGGAAAAGCCAUACCCUACACGAGCUUCUACACCGGAGGGCAUGGUGACCGUGGCAGGCGCGCAGUUUUUGGUGCUACAAGACGAUGGGCUGGUCUCCUUUGGCUGUACGGGGAGAACCUGCAGUGAGGGUGGAUGCGCUUUCGUACCAUCUGUGUGUCUUUUGCCAAAAUUAUCGAACUCUUUGAGUUUUCAUGUUUUAACUUUGUACGCUUGUGACAUCAUCCAGGCUGGAGAUGGAUUUGCUAGCCUGUGUAAAAGUUUGAUCGAGUUUCUCAAGACAAAGGUGCUAAAAAAACGAGCUGUUCUGUAAAACCACCAUCAAUUGUAUCUGUUUUUCUUGUCUUCA